AAACGUUAAACCCAAGUCGUCUUCUCCAGCUGACUUGCUGUUCUUCUCUCUGAGUUUUUCCUCAGGUUCCCGAAAUGCCCCUUCCAAAACCCCAAAUUCACCAUACCAUCCCUUUCCUUUCAUCUCCCACAGAUGCUCUUCUAGCAGACAAAGCCCUAUCUCUCUUAAAACGCCAUCCUUACCACCUAAAUUCCCUGUCUUCCCAGUUUACCCCUGAAGCAGCUUCGUAUUUACUCCUAAAAUCUCAGCAUGACCAAACGCUAACCUUAAAAUUCCUGAAUUGGGCCCAACCCCUCCAAUUCUUCAAUUCACACUGCAAGUGCCUCGCUCUUCAUAUUUUGACUAAAUUCAGGCUCUAUAAAAUAGCGCAGACCAUAGCUCAGGACUUGGCUGUCAAUACAAUUGAUGAUGAUGGCAAUUUCGUGUUUCAAUGCCUUAAAGAAACUUACCAUAUCUGUAAUUCGAGCUCUGCGGUUUUUGAUUUAGUGGUAAAAUCUUAUUCUCAUUUGAAUUUUAUGGAUAAGGCUUUAAAUAUUGUUAAUUUAGCUAAAUUGAAUGGAUUUAUGCCUGGCGUUUUAUCCUAUAAUGCUAUUAUAGAUUCAAUAAUUAGGUGUAAAAAACCUCUUAGGUUGGCCGAGGAGGUGUAUAGGGAAAUGAUUGCAAGUGGCGUUUCUUUAAAUGUGUAUAGUUACAAUAUUCUGAUUAGGGGAUUUUGUGGGGCGGGGAAUUUGAAUAUGGGUUUAAGGUUUUUGAAGGACAUGGAGAGGAAUGGGUGUUUGCCUAAUGUGGUUACUUAUAAUACGAUGAUUGAUGCAUAUUGUAAGUUGAGGAGGAUUGAUGAAGCAUUUGAUUUGUUGAGAUCAAUGGCUUUGAAGGGUCUGGAGCCAAAUUUGAUUACAUAUAAUAUGGUAAUUAAUGGGCUGUGUAGAGAAGGAAGGAUAAAGGAAACGAGUGACUUUCUGGCCGAGAUGGCUAGUAAGGGUUUUUCUCCUGAUGAAGUUACUUACAAUACACUCAUAAAUGGCUAUUGCAAUAAGGAUAAUUUCCACCAAGCGCUUGUUUUGCAUGCAGAAAUGGUGAGAAAUGGAUUGUCACCUAAUGUUGUUACAUAUACUUCAUUAAUUAAUAGUAUGUGUAAAGCUGGAAAUUUGAAUCGUGCAAUGGAGUUUCUUGAUCAGAUGCAUGUUAGAGGGCUUCGUCCAAAUGAAAGGACAUACACAACAUUGAUCAAUGGGUUUGCACAACAAGGAUUCUUGAAUGAGGCUUACCGAGUUCUGAAUGAAAUGACCAGGAGCGGAUUCUCACCUUCAAUUGUGACUUACAAUGCCCUUAUUAAUGGACAUUGUGUAUUGGGAAGGAUGGAAGAGGCCAUAGGAUUGUUACAAGAUAUGGUGGACAAAGGGUUGUCCCCUGACGUUGUAAGUUAUAGUACUAUAAUAUCUGGUUUUUCUCGUAACCUAGAGUUGGAUAGGGCAUUCCAAAUGAAGGUGGAGAUGGUUGAUAAGGGUGUUUUCCCUGACGCCAUUACCUAUUCAUCACUCAUUCAAGGACUCUGUGAACAGAGAAGACUAACUGAAGCUUGUGAUCUGUUCCAAGAGAUGUUGACAAUGAGCUUGCCUCCUGAUGAAUUUACAUAUACAAUUUUGAUUGAUGCUUAUUGUAAAGAAGAUUUAAACACUGCUCUUCGUUUGCAUGAUGAAAUGAUACGGAAAGGCUUUCUACCUGAUGCUGUUACUUACAAUGUGCUUAUCAAUGGGCUAAAAAAACAAGCUCGAGCUAAGGAAGCAAAGAGGCUUCUGCUUAAGUUGUUUUACGAUGAAUCUAUCCCAUCUGACGUAACAUAUAAUACACUGAUAGAAAGUUGCUGUAAUAUUGAAUUUAAGAGUGGGGUAGCUCUUAUGAAGGGAUUUUGUAUGAAAGGUUUGAUGGAUGAAGCAGAUCGAGUUUUUGAUUCAAUGAUAGAGAGAAACCACAAACCGAAUGAAGCUGCUUAUAAUGUUAUUAUACAUGGUCAUUGUAGAGGUGGCAAUGUUCAGAAGGCCUACAACCUUUAUAAUAAAAUGGUUCAUUUUGGUUUUGUUCCUCAUACUGUGACUAUUAUUGCUCUGGUAAAGGCACUAUUCUCGGAGGGGAUGAAUGAAGAGUUAAAUCAAGUCAUAGUGAACAUACUGAGAAGCUGCAAGCUUACUGAUGCUGAGCAUGCCCAACUUCUUAUUGAAAUCAAUCAUAAAGAAGGGAAUAUGGAUGUGGUUUUGGAUGUUCUUACUGAAAUGGCCAAGGAUGGCCUCAUUCCUAAUAGUGGGACUUAGACUAAUUCUAGGGAAUAGUCUGCUGGAUGGAAAUUACAUUCUUUGGCUGGUCAAUAUUUUCUUUGCUUUGCCUUUCUGAUAGCUCAAGAAUCAAGUGGUAAGGUGGCUCUCGGAAGAUGUUCAUCACUCCCUGUAUCUUCCUGUGAUUCAGAUGCUUAUGAGUUUACUUAUUUAUGACCACACGUUUUUUAUGACCACACGUACCUUUCCUUUUCAAUCGUCAAGGAGAAAUUUAAUUUAUGCUAGAAACUAUACAUGCACCACAAGCGGUGACAUACUUUGAUAUUAGGCACCAUUGCACAAGCUCAAUUCGUUUUCCUGUAUGUGCAGUUACUGUGCAUUGUGGAGUGCACAUUAUAUAUGCAAAAGAGAUUGUUCAAGCUGCUCUCUGCUCUGUCAUCAUAUUUCUACAUCUAUGCAGUAUGAUCAACUGCUGAUUAUCAUGUUGUAUAGUUGGCCAUGGGCUAUCCCAACCUCACCCCAGGAACACCAAUAACUCCUUUUCCACCCUUCUAUUUUAAAAUUCAGCCUAUUUGGUAUAAAUGCAAUCAUCCUGGUUUUUAUGUUGCUUAUCAUCUAUGAGUAAUCCAAUUCUGUUUGCCUUCUCCCAUUUAUAUCUCCAUGAAUAUUAAACUUCAACAGAUACUUGCAAAUCCUAAUACCAUUCCGGUUUUGGAAGAGAUCAUAGGUUUUAGCAUCUUUUCCGUCAUCAUUUUAUUUGAAUCACUUGUACAUCCACAUGAAAGAUAGAACUCCUCUCAUCGAGCCACUGAAAGAAGUUGGUCUAGGUGAGAUGCAUCAGUAUUCACUCCACCGACCUCACACGUUACAUUGGACGGCUGAUGAAUAUUGAAGAAAGCCUGUAUCGAACUCUUUGAAGUAGCUCAGUAACUACAAUAUUCAGCUUUCUAAGAUGAAGGGAAAAUUUCAUCAUGUUAUUGUUUGACUGGCGACUUUCCCACCUUUUCUCAUGGUCGAGCAUUAAUUAGCUUCUUAGGAUCUUGUUCAUCAAUUUCAUAAAUACCUGUGUUAAACUAAUUAGGGCUUGAGCCAAGUGCAGUCUUUGAGCACAUAUGCGACAUGAUGUGAAAGAGCUUAUUGCUUUGGAAAUGCUUUAGCAAACAAAGUUGGCCAUGUGCCCCAAGAAUUCUCAGCCAUCAACUACAACUUUUGCUUAUAACUUGGAGGUUAGCAAUUUCUCAAAACAACAAACUGCAUCAUACAGGAGAAGAGAUAGAAGCUGAAGUGACUCGAAGAAAUGGUUGCAGAAGCUGGCAGCAAAGCAGGCAACAAAGACCAUUAGGCAAAUCAAUUAUUUUCCCAUUUGUAAACUCAGUUAAAUAUGUCCAAGAUUAUUGUAAGAAAUUAGCAUAGCCUUGUCAGGUUUGCAGUGUAGAACUGUAUAAGAAUAGCAUCAAUUGGAAUAGAAUGUCCUCAAUUUAUCGA